UCUCUCUCGCACACACGCUUGAAGAGAAAGAGAGGAGAGGACAUUCUCUUUGUACUGAAUAAAGAAGAGUUGACCGCCGUCCUUUUUUUUAUGUAAGCAGGGUUUGCAUGCUGUAAAUAGCCCAUUAAGCCGCGGUGACUCUCUUUACCCGGAACUGUCCGAGUGGGGGCGAGCUGCUCGGACAACAAAAGCGGCUCUUCUUCCUCAACCAGGGAUUUUUUGUUAUUUAUUUUUGCCUUUUCUUUCCCCAAAUUUCCUCCAUCGCUGCCAGGCGAAAAACAAUCGAGCAUCGCUUCCCCGACCCACCACCCCCAUCUCCGGAUCUACUCGCCCGCCGCCGAACCGAGCGAGCAUGGCGGCCGUCACAAGCCCGGAGACAAGCCCUCAGCCCCGGGUGUAUUUCCAGACGCCGGCCGGCACCACGGAGGAGCCCGAGACCCCGGUCCGCAAGCAGGGACGCGUCACCGUCAAGUACGACCGCAAGGAGCUGAGGAAGCGACUCAACCUGGAGGAGUGGAUCAUCGACCAGCUGACGGACCUCUACGACUGCGAGGAGGAGGCCAUCCCGGAGCUGGAGAUAGACGUGGAUGAACUGCUGGACAUGCCCAGUGACGUGGAGCGGGCUGCCAGGGUCAAGGACUUGCUGGUGGACUGUUUUAAACCCACUGAGGACUUCGUCUCCGAGCUCCUGGACAAGAUCCGAGGGAUGCAGAAGCUCUCCACGCCUCAGAAGAAAUGAUGACGCGCCGCCCUCCUUUCUCGCCCGCCUCCCUUCAUCCUCGUCUUCCUCUUUACCUCACCCCUCUUCUGUUAACUUCCUUCUAACAUCAUUGGACCUUCUCACUAAAUCUUUAAUCUGUCCACGGGAAACUAGGGUGAGGACCAAGCCUCUUGAAGCACCCGUCGGGGGUUUGAUAUUUACUGUAGACCACCUUGUUGUCCCCCCAAUGUAGACUUGAAGGUUCUCUCUGACCACCAACAACAACACACGGUGUGUUUUUAGACCGGCGUCCACUGAGGAAAAUGGGAUUUGUUUGUGGGGAAAGAUUUUUUUCCUCUCCGAUAAUGUGCACUGUGGUCCAUAAUGAAGGCCCGCACGUGUUCUGGGGGGCGGGCGAGUCGGGGAAGUGUUUUCUGCUGUUCCGUACGAGAAAGUAGUUUUUUUUAGUAAAGGACUGGUUCCUGUUUUUCAAAGUCACUCGCUCUGAAAGUCCUACAACGAAGCUGCCUUGUUGUUUUUAUGACGAUGAUUAUUUCCACUCUUCAACCCCUUUCCCAUGCUGCUAACUCUCCUCCCUUUUCUGACCAUUUUUCAACCCACUUCAUUCUUCCGCGCUCUGCUCAUUGUGGUCACAUGAGCGGAGGAAAAUGUCGCCCGGGUUCCACGUGGAGACUUUUCCCACGUCAUCAGUGGGCGGGACAAAGGGAGGGCGCUGUUUCGCGUGAAAUGUGUUCCACCCUCUUUUUGUUCACCUCACAUGGGGGCGGAACCACACGAGUGUGUUUCCCACACAGCUGUGCGUGUGUACGUAUAGCUGCGGCUGUCAAUCACGUCCGAGCCGUCUGUUUCAAACCUCCAGCCAGCCAAUCAGGUCGGACACUUGACAGGCGGCCAAUAGGAGAAGCACAAACGUUUGCUGCGAUUCCUGUGGUCUGUCACACACACGCACACACACACACACACACACACACACACACACACACACACACACACACACACGCACAUUCUUGUAUUUGUUACCUUCUUGAGACCUCCGAAAAAUGCCUACCUCUUUAGGACCGCCCUUUCUAGAUAUAUAAAGAUUUGUAUUUACAACAUUAAUAAUAUACACAUACUAUGCAAAUAUAAAAAAGCUUGUUGUGAAAAAUUAGUUGGAAUUUCACAAGAAAAACUUUGAAUUAUGGCAGUGUUAUAAUAAAAGUCGUAAUUUUACUCUACGCAAGUCAAAAUUUCACAAGAAAAACCGAACAUUUGUGCAGUAUUGUGAUAUAAGUUGGAAUUUUACUCGAUAACAGUCGCAAUUUUGCAAGAAAGGCUUACAUUUUUGGCAAUUUUAUGAAAAGAGUCAUAAUUUUACUCAAUAACAGUCGCAAUGUUGCAAGAAAAGCUUAACAUUUUGGCAAUUUUAUGAAGAGUCGUAAUUUUACUGGACAAAAGUCACAGUUUUAUAAGAAAACGUUAAAAUGUUGGCAAUAUUAUUAGAGAUGUCCGAUGUUAUCGGCCGAGAAAUGCGUUAAAAUGUAAUAUCGGAAAUUAUCGGUAUCGGGUUUUUUAUUAUCGGAAUUGGUAUCGGUUUUCUUUUUUUCUUUUUUUUUUUAAAUCAACAUAAAAAACACAAGAUACACUUACAAAUAGUGCACCAACCCAAAGAACCUCCCUCCCCCAUUUACACUCAUUCACACAAAAGGGCUGUUUCUUUCUAUUAUUAAUAUUCUGGUUCCUACAUUAUAUAUCAAUAUAUAUCAAUACAGUCUGCAAGGGAUACAGUCCGUAAGCACACAUGAUUGUGCGUGCUGCUGGUCCACUAAUAGUACUAACCUUUAACAGUUAAUUGUACUCAUUUUCAUUAAUUACUCGUUUCUAUGUAACUGUUUGUAUAUUGUUUUACUUUCUUUUUUAUUCAAGAAAAUGUUUUUAAUUUAUUUAUCUUAUUUUAUUAUUUAAAAAAAAAAAAAAAACUUAUCUUCAUCAUACCUGGUUGUCCAAAUUAGGCAUAAUAAUGUGUUAAUUCCACGACUGCAUAUAUCGGUUGAUAUCGGUAUCGGUAAUUAAAGAGUUGGACAAUAUUGGAAUAUCAGAUAUCGGCAAAAAGCCAUUAUUGGACAUCCCUAAAUAUUAUAAUAAUCAUCGGAAUUUUACUUGGCAAAAUUAUGAAAAAGUCAUCAUUUUACUUAACCUCUUAAGGCCCAAGCUGUUUGUUUACAUGCUUUUUUUUAUUUCUCUUUGCUAUUUGAGCAUAUUGGACCAUAAUUAGAAUAAAAACUAAGAAUCAUCUUUUGAUAUGAUGUACUUAGUCCAUAAGUACCGGUACACAAACGUGUACUUAAUGUUUAGUGACAUGCUAAUUCUUAUUUUUACACUUUUUUUUUCCAAAUUCCAUUGUAUGUUAUACUCUUCUGACACCACCAGAUGGCAGUAUAAGUGUCCACAUAAGCGGCCAUAAGACCCCAAUUCAGCAGUGUACACAAUUUUGGAAAUAAGAGCUAAAAGGUGCUGUCCACGCAUGUGGCCACUAAGGUUAACAGAUGUCACUAUUUUACAAGAACAACAAAAAAAUUGUAUUGGGAUAAAAGUCAGAUUUUUAGAUGACGCAUUUUGCAUUAAAAAGUUAUAAUUUUACAUCAAAAAGUAAUCAUUUUACGAGAAAAUAUUGCAGUAUUACAGAAACAAAAGAAUAUGAGAAAUUGUUCCCAAUUUCAUAAGAAAGAAGUCGACACACUGUGAGAAAAAGGUAAGCUUUUAGUUUUUUGAAUUUUUGGUUUGUAAUUGGUUUUUAAUCCUCAUUAUUUACUUCAAAUUAUUACAGUAUGUCUCUAUAUACAUAUUUUUUUUAUUAUUUUGGCCAAACGGGGCGCAUUUCAAUUUCUUACACACACACUUGUUAUUUCAUAUAUUGACCAGAGGGGGAGCACUUUUAAAACCGACACACAGUCCAAUUGAAAAAUCCCCCCUUUUUGGGACCACCCUAAUUUUGAUAGAUUUCCCCAGCAGGGGUGCAAAUGAGACAUUCUCUAUCAGAUGCAACGGUUUUCCAUAUUGGGACCAUGAUUUAUGUCCUAACUUGUUCACCGGUCCUCAUAUGGAAGGUACUUUUCCUUGUUGAUGUGUCAAGAAGGGUAGAAAUACAAGAACACGCGCACACACACACACACACACACACACACACACACACACACUCCCUAUGUCUUCUCUCUCCUUGUGUUUUUCUUCUUUGUUUUUAAAGAAACAGAUGUUGCCUUAGGUAUUAUUUAUGUUACACAAACCAAAUACACGUGAGACAUUUUUGUUGUGGUUUUUUUUUUUAAGAAAAAAGGUAACAACUGUAAAGUGCGUUACCCAGCAGACCUGUGGCACGUGGAAGAAUUUUUGUUAGUUUUUUUUUUUUUUAGAAGUGAGUGUUUAAUACUUAGGCCUUGAUACAGUGAUCCUGUUUAGAUGACCAUUGUUCUUGACAUUUACCGUUUCAAUACUGGUGUGUGUGUGUGUUUUUAAAGUGAUCAUGAAACUCGUUUAAUGCCAGGCCUUGCAUUUAUUUACACUUACAGGAAACAAAAAUUCAGAGGUCUUUUUUGGGUGCGAUUGUAUUUGCCUUGUCUGCCAUGUUCCCAAACAAGUGCUGUUUGCAGUGCAAUCACAAUCGAAACUGGUGGAUUUUUCUUUCCACAUCCCAUUGGGAGUGAACCUUUCUAGACUGUUAUUAAGAAGUCUUGAGUUUUUUUUAAGGAAAGGAAUGGUCACUGCGACUUUAUAAACACAAGAGCUAAAUCAUGCAGGAUUGAAUCGAACCAAUAAACAAAUGUAGCAAUAUCAACAA